AUGUUUGUGUACAUUGCCCUCCAGGCUAUGAAGCUGGUGGAGGCUUAUGAGGUGGAUGAGCUGAGGGACAGCAAGAUGCCAGCGGCAAGUGAGGAGGCCAUAGUGGACUUUGCAGACCUGGCUCUGGACUGCAUCAAGUCUCCCGGCACACGGCGACCCACCAUGAAGGAUGUGGCAUACCGCCUCAGUGCCCUCAUUGCCAAGCACUGCCCCGACAGGGAGGACGAGUGGGAGAGCGCCGUGAAAGAAGAGAGUGAAGGCAAUGAGGGUAUGUCUUCAAGGGAUGUUUCUGCUGUGCCGUUUGGAGAUAGUGAGAGGGAGUCUGGGAGGGAGUCUGGGAGGUCAUAUAACUCAUGGUCUGGUGUGAGCUCAUUCUUGCGCAUUGGUUCAAUAGGUGAUGGCCCUAAGAGGUGGCUGCAGCUGAAGCCAACCAAAGGGCGUUGA